AUGCUCGAAUUCAGUUUGAAGCUUUUCAAGAUCAAAGGCACAUUGUGGCAAAUGUAUUUCGAGCAAAUACUCGGUUUUCCUUUUCGUGGACACGAUGAAUCAAGUAGUUCUUCAAAUCUAGGUAAUUUUCUUGAGUUGCUUCAAUGGCUUGGUCAACAUAAUGUCGAUGUUUCCAAAGUGUUGGGUACAAAUGCUCCUGCUAAUAAUCAGAUGACUUCUCCACGAAUUCAAAAUGAAUUAGCAAAUGCUUGUGCUUCAGAAGUCACACUUGCCAUAGUCAAAGAUAUUGGGGAUAGAGUUUUCACUAUCUUGUUUGAUGAGGCUCGGGAUGUUUCAUUGAAGGAACAAAUGAGUGUUGUUUUAAGAUACGUGAAUAGUGAAGGAUAUGUGAUUGAGCGAUUUCUUGGGAUUGUACAUAGAAAGGAUCAACUUAGGAAGUUGCAACAUGAAAGAUUAGUUGCACAACUUAAUGAUGAAGAAGUGACUAGUGGAAGAGGUCAAAAUCAAGAAACUACUUUGGUGGUUGAUUUAAUUAUACAAGAGAUGAAUAAUCGGUUUUCUGAAGCUAACACCGACUUGCUAAAAUGCAUAGCAUGUCUUGAUCCAAGAAAUUCUUUCUCUGAAUUCAAUGAGCAUCAAGUCAUUCAUAUUGCUACUUUAUAUCCCGAGAACUUCUCUGCGAGCGAAUGUUUACAUCUUUCACGACAAGUUAGUAAUUUUAUUGCUAAUGUGCGGUGUGAUCCUCAAUUUGUUGUGCUUAGUGAUUUGGGAAGUUUUGCUAUGAAAAUGGUCAAAACUAAGAAGCAUUUAGUUUUUCCUUUGGUCUAUCGGAUUAUUGAGUUGGCCUUGGUUUUAUCUGUUGCUACUGCUUCUGUUGAGAGAGCAUUUUCUGCAAUGAAGACUAUCAAGACUGAUUUACGAAAUCGAAUGGGAGACGAGUGGAUGAAUGACAAUCUAGUUGUGUACAUUGAGAAGGAUAUUUUUUCAACGAUUGAUAACGAGCCGAUCCUGCAGCGUUUUCAAUCGAUGAAAACACGUAGAAUUCAGUUGCCGCCGCUUUAG